AAGGAAGAACCAGAAAGUAAGAUCUCUCCCAUCUCUUUCCCCAAAUUCAGUAUUUUGACAAAAAAAAAAAAAAAAUCAUCAAUCCAAUCCCUAAUCGCAAAUCUAGAGAGAGAGAGAGAGAGAGAGUGCUACUACAAUCAAUCUGAACCGGACUGGAUCCCAUGGAUACCGGACCGGCGGGCUUAGGUCUCGCCGCAGAUGAUAAAUCAUCGUCUUCUCCGGCGGAGGCAUUUUCGCGAUGGUCUUUCACCGUUUCGAGGCGGUUCCAACAUUUUCUCGAUAAGUCAACGCCGCACUUGCUUUACAGGUGGUUGGGGUGCUUAGGUGUGGCGUCGAUCUACGCUCUACGCGUUUAUCUGGUCGAAGGAUUCUACAUCGUAUCGUACGGACUCGGGAUCUACAUUCUCAACCUUCUCAUUGGAUUUCUCUCUCCUCAGGUUGAUCCUGAGAUGCACGAUUCCUCCGAUGGGCCUUCUCUUCCUACCAGGGGAUCUGAUGAGUUCCGUCCUUUCGUCCGUCGACUCCCGGAGUUUAAGUUCUGGUACUCUAUUACAAAGGCGUUUUGCAUUGCUUUUGUGAUGACAUUCUUCAGUGCCUUUGAUGUACCUGUAUUCUGGCCCAUACUUCUUUUCUACUGGAUUGUGUUAUUUAUUAUGACUAUGAGAAGACAGAUUUCUCACAUGAUCAAAUACAAAUACGUUCCGUUCUCUAUUGGGAAACAGGUAUGGAGGGUGCUUUAUACUUUGAUGCUUAUAAAUGGCGUGUCAUUACUAUUAAAGACUGAUUCUUUUUCUUUGCCAUUUUUUCGUUUAGCGAUACGAUGGAAGAAAAAGAAGAUCAUCUUCAACUGAUGGGACAUCAGACUGAGCAAUUUUCAGGUAGAUUGCAUCAAAAAAUUUAAUAUUUUUUCUUAAAAGUCACAAAUCCAGGUGUUUGCAAUUAGGAAGAUUACGAUGUUUAGUGCUUUGAUUAGGCACAAUGGUUGUUUAUUUACCCUGGAAAAUGGAGCUUUGACAGGAUGAUGAAGUGGUUGGCUCAAGUACUUUUCUUCUCUUACUUUUGGUAUUAUGGGAAAGUCCAUUUGUAUAGGAGGGAAAAUGCCCACUGUUUUUUCCUUAAUAGUUAAAUCCAGUAGUAGUGACAUUACAUAUCAUAUCUACUUUUUUAUAAGUCUUUGCAGUGUGAAAAUACCAAUCAUAUUGCGUAUUUUUUUAAUCACCUUAGUAGUUGUAUUGUACUCUUAAUUCCUUUUCAAACUGAAUCUGAGCUUAGUGCUAUGUUUCUUAUGCA